GGAAGAAGCGCAUUUAUUAACCCUUUUAAUUACCAUCAUUUCACAGAUAAUCCAAAAUUAGGCAGAGCAGUUUCUCUCCUUUUCUCUCAGUGUCUCUCUCUCACCGUCAUCUCGGGCGCGCGCUCUCGCCGUCUUGCGCACAUGGUUUGGAGAAAUCUGGGAUUGAUUUUAAUGGGGAGUAGCCUACCCGGGGCUCGUUUUACAUAUGGAUGCAGUGGACAGCUUUCAGUUGAACGUCGGGCGCAGAUGGAUUCGGCGCGUCUGCUCCUUGUAACCAUGUGGCGUUUGACUUUCUGAUUGGAAAGCGGCGAUCCUAAGGAAGACCAGACGCGUUAAGAGGACAGAUAUAUGGCAAAAAUGAAACAAGUCUUUGAAUAGUGUGGAUCUUUCGGAUGUCUCUCAGCGGAUUUUUUAUACACACUUAAAUAAAUCACCAUAAACGACCUGAUCCUGGGGAAAGACUGUGGCCAGCCUGGAGUGAAGGGUCACUGAGCUCAGACACUCUCCUUCCAUUUAUUCAGAAUUAUACAAUAUACUGGCAGAAAUCUUACACACAUUUCCCCAGAGUUACACAUUCAGGCUGUGCACAGAGAAUCCCCCAGCUACAGCAUUUAUACUUGCAAAAGUGAGGAAACAGUUAGACACAGGCCCUUUGAGCAGAAUGAGGGUACCUUGGAGGUGCCUGCUGGGCCUGUUUCUCCUAGUAAAGUCAGUCUCCCCCCACAGCCCCACCAGUCCAUUUGCAGGACAGCAGACUCCUCUAGACCCCUGCUAUGACGAAACGGGCACAGCUCGUCGCUGCAUCCCUGAGUUCAUCAAUGCUGCCUUUGGCAAGGAGGUGAUGGUGUCCAGUGUCUGUGGCAGGCCGCCAUCCAGAUCCUGCAGCGUAGUGGAGCGCGGUGAUGAACGGCCUUCUGUGCGCACAUGCCAAAUCUGUGAUGCAGCUGACCCCCGCCGUGCCCACCCUGCGUCCUACCUCACUGACCUCAAUUCAGCCCACAACCUCACCUGCUGGCAGUCUGAGAAUCUGAACACCUCUCCUCACAACGUGACUCUCACUCUCUCGCUGGGUAAAAAGUUUGAGAUCACAUAUGUCAGCUUGCAGUUUUGCUCUCCAAGACCCGAAUCCUUGGCCAUAUACAAGAGCAUGGAUUAUGGAAAAACCUGGAUGCCCUACCAGUUUUACUCCUCUCAGUGCAGGCGUAUGUACAAUAAACCAAACAAAGCAACUAUUACUAAACAGAACGAGCAGGAGGCGCUUUGCACAGAUGGCCACACUGACCUGUACCCACUCUCUGGAGGACUUAUUGCUUUCAGUACUCUGGAUGGACGACCUUCAAGUAAAGACUUUGACAACAGCCCAGUCCUCCAGGACUGGGUCACUGUCACUGACAUCCGUGUGGUCUUUGGUCGGCCCCAGCUUUCCCGGGAGUUUGUGUUGGGAGCUGGAAGCAACAACGGUGGAAGGGACGAUGACCCCGUGGCAGUAACGUCCACCCUGUCAACAUAUUUCUAUGCAGUAGGAGACUUCCAGGUGGGCGGGAGGUGUAAAUGCAACGGUCAUGCUUCCCGCUGUUUGAAAGACAAAGAAGGCAAACUGGUUUGUGACUGUAAACACAACACAGAGGGGCCUGAAUGUGACCGCUGCAAGCCAUUUCACUAUGACCGGCCAUGGCAGAGGGCCAACGCUCGAGAGGCUAACGAGUGUCUGCCGUGCAACUGCAACCUGCAUGCUCGCCGCUGUCGAUUCAACAUGGAGCUGUACAAGCUGUCGGGCAGGAAGAGUGGAGGAGUCUGCAUGAAUUGUCGUCACAACACUGCUGGACGUCAUUGUCAUUACUGCAAAGAGGGAUUUUACCGAGACAUGGGCAGACCGAUAACUCACAGACGAGCCUGCAAAGCCUGUGACUGCCAUCCUGUGGGCGCAGCCGGCAAGACGUGCAACCAGACCACAGGCCAGUGUCCCUGCAAGGAUGGUGUCACCGGAAUCACCUGCAACCGCUGUGCCAAGGGUUACCAGCAGAGUCGUUCACCUGUGGCUCCCUGCAUUAAAAUCCCUGUGGUCAACCCCACAGCUGUGGUGAGCAGCACCGAGGAACCAGCAGAUUGUGAAUCCUACUGUAAACCAGUGAAAGGCAAUUUAAAGAUCAAUAUGAAGAAAUAUUGCAAGAAGGAUUAUGCCGUCCAAGUCAACGUGCUGGACAUGGAGACUGUUGGGGAUUGGGCAAAGUUUUCGGUCAGCUUGGUGUCAGUGUACAAAAGCCGUGGUGAACCCCUGAAGCGAGGCGACAACAUCCUGUGGGUACACAUGAAAGACCUGGCCUGCAAAUGUCCCAAGAUCCAAAUGAGCAAGAAAUUCUUGGUGAUGGGCGGCAGUGAAGGAGGGACGGGCCCGGCUGCAGGGCCGGGAGUCGGAGCCACAAGUCCGGGGGCGGAGCGCGUGGGUUUGGUGGCUGAUAAGAACAGCCUGGUGAUUCAAUGGAGGGACGUUUGGUCAAGACGUCUGAGGAAGUUCCAACGCAAAGAAAAGAAGGGAAAAUGCAGUAAAGCAUGAUUGGUUUGGAGUGCCAAUCCCUACCUCUUCUUUCACCACACACCUUUAUGAACUGACUCUUCCUCCUCCUGCUCCUUACUCCUCCUUUAAUGUGGGAACAGACUGCAUGUACCCCACCUUUUGUAGGGACCAUGUUUGUGUAUAUUGUAUAAUUAUUUUUCCUUUAUUACCCCCCCCCCCCCCCCCCCCCAAGUUUUGUCUUUGUAAAGCCACUCAUCUAUCAUUCAUUUGGUUUGCCUUAUAAAGGGACCGUUAAAAAGUUUUUUUGUUACAGAAAAAAGCCGACACCAGAGCCUGGACCAAUCCACUUGUGUCACCCAUUUACAAGCUUUUUUUCUUCAAGCUGUUGGCUUUCGCCAGUUUAGCUUCACUGCUCUUGUAUUCCACGUGAUCAACCAGCAGCGCUCACGUCCUGGACAUUUGUUUGGAUUUGUUUCACCUCGACUGCAGCAACUUCAGACUGAUUUCAGAAGCGAGCUGCAAACAAGCUUGGUCAUUUUAGUAAUAAAACAUCUCUACGAGCUGGAUCUCCUGACACUCCCACAAAGAUAAUAGCCCUGCUGCUCCAGGUCUUUGUACCAACAUUUUUGGGAAUAACAUGAAAAAAAACUUGUGUCCAACAAGGAAUCGAGGGCUCCAAAGCAAACCAGUGCUGCUGCCGUCACACCACCCUGCCACAACAUACUGCUCAUUUCCACUCUUUUCCUGCAAGUCUGUGACACUGUUCUUAAUAGCAUUAUUUUUCAAGGCUGCUUUUGAUCUCAUCCAUUCAUAUUCCAUAUUCCAGCCAGUCUUAUUUGUUGGUUCAUUUUAAGCAGAACAAAACUGGCCUGUAUGAAUCACAUUUCGCCUGCCUCUUCGUUACUGGUUCUCAUGGGUGGCUUACAAACUCAUGUCUCACCAGUAUGAUUCACUGUCACUUUUUCUGGCCUCUGUGUGGACAGAGAGGAAUUUCCGAACAAUUCCAGUUUUUCUGUGACUUUUUGCCUAAUGGAUUUUUGUCUUCCGCUGGAUACAGUCUUCCAGAUAUUGCGCUGUGACUGAUGUCAUUUCUUUAAAUGUCUGUCAUCCUGAAGACGGGCAGGAUAUUGUCUGCCAAAAUAAAAGACCAAAAGACGUGUUUCUGUUCAUGCAGUAAAAGGGGAAAAAGUGGGUUAAACAUUGUUUUUGUGAUGUAUUUUGACAAAAUGAAUGAGGCUGGAAAGUCUUUAGUCCUCGCUGAUUGUACUAUGAUAUGAGACGAUUGAGUUUCACCUGUCAUGCCAUGGUCAUGUUUGUAUGUUCUGGGGGUUUCUUGCUGGGAAGAAAACCAACAUGAGCAUCAAAAUUCAAAGCAAAACUCAAAUCUUCUUCCACCACUUGCCCACCCUAAUGCAUACCCCUGUUAUCCUUUGCCAAACAAGUACAGACCUUUUUAAAUUCAGUUAGGAGACGAUUGAACUGGGGACCAGCUAAAACCACAGAGAAAUCUGCCUGGCUGCUCCUGAGCUAUUUAUCCAUCUUUCACUUUAAUUUAAUUUCAAAAAGCACAUUGCUGUAUAUUUAAAUUGAGAAUAGGAUAAACAAAGCUUUUAGGGGCGCAUUAUGUUGGUCCAGCAGCGACUGCCUGCACAGACCUAUGUAGGCGGACAGUCACGCUUCUUUGGCUGUGGCGACUAAUGUUUGUCAGUUCUCCAAAAGUGUCUUAAAUUCCUUUUCAGCUACCCCCAACUCUUCUUUUAGCAUGUUGUGGAAUUUGUGUCUGUAGAUUGAAAAAACGAGCCCCUAGAAAGAAGCUGUGCUGUAACACUCUGUGGACCCUUUUUUCACUUUUCCAGAGAAAGUAAAUAAAACUCCUGUUAGCUCUAAUUGUGUUUUUGAGAUAUCGUUGCCAGACGUGAGAAUACAGACUUGAGGGAUGAUCCAAAAACAACUCUCAACCAAAACAUGACCUGCUAGGAUUUCUGGUGAUUGAAAGAAAAUUGACAUUUGGGAUUGUUGCAAUCCCAAAACCCACUCAUUGUUCAAAAAAAAAGGCAGAACCAAACAAUUAUUCUUGUGCUGUUUUGCAGCCACUUGACGGGCAGGUGAAGAUACUGUAACACACUUGCUGGACACGUUUUAAUGGAUUAGCAAGUUACACCUGAUAGACACUUGCAGUCUCCUCUCCAGUAGAACAUUCACUCUACUGGCUUUUUUUCCCCCCCCCUGCCCACCCUGAAUGUAGGAAAGUAAGAAUCUCCCAGAUUUAUUUUGCUCUUGUGAAAACCAUUUAGUAAGCCUCAUAGGGAGAGCCGCCUGUUGUUUUACAUUAACAACCCUGCAGCUUGGCAGUGGAACUGAGGCAGUGUAGCCGCUUUACUAUGUUCUCCCCGCUUUUUGCUGCAUUUAUAGCAUACACAGGUGUAUGAGUGCAAGUUUGUGUUUAAUUAACCUCCCCAAGCAAACAAGUGAUAUGCACAUGAAGCAAACACGAAGGGAGGUGAAGGAACUCUUAAUAGCCGUCUAGUGUUUGUGCAAAAACCCCUGCGUAUCUGCCAUACAUGUGUGUUUCAUUUGUCCCCACACAUUUGGCUUGUUUAACAAAUCUUGACGCAUUUAUUAUGUUGUAAAUAUGUGCAGAACUGCCUCUGCCAUUUACACUGUUGUUUUCUUUGUAAAGCGUCCCUUAGCCUGGGAUGACUCACCCAUACGGAUGUACAAACCAGAUGAUUAUGGAGGUGAUAUGGAUGUAAAAAACCAGGAACAUAUGCUUUUAUGAUUGCAAACAGAAGACGUGGUUCAAAUAUUACACAGAAUGUAUUUGUUAUUAUUUUACCUUUAUUUCCAGACAACAAUUGCCCUCCUGUCAAUGGUUUUCAGGUGAACUGCAUUAAAAUGUGACAGAGAGGAACCUUUGCUUCUUCUGUGGAGCUACAGAUUGGACCUUGACACAAGAGUCCACAGUUUUCUGUUUCCUUCACGUCCUUGAAUUGGUGGAGUACUCAAGCAAAAAAUGUCCACCUACCUCUCUCUGAGGGGACUAAGGGGUGCUUCCUUUGGUUCAGCCCUGCUUUUCACUGCAAUUAUAUCAACGUUGUGUACAUUUUCCUCUGAGGCAAUGAACCACUGACUUUUUCCUCUAAAUGGUAAAAAAUAAAUUAUUAGUUAAUGAGCCAUA